AUGGGAGGUGUGUCCGCCGCCGUCGCUAAGACCGCCGCUGCCCCCAUCGAGCGUGUUAAGCUUCUUAUCCAAAACCAAGAUGAGAUGAUCAAGCAAGGUCGUCUUGCCAGAAAGUACGAUGGUAUUGCCGAUGCUUUCCGUCGUACUGCUGCUGAGGAAGGUAUUGUCUCUUUCUGGAGAGGUAACACUGCUAACGUUAUCCGUUACUUCCCCACCCAAGCCCUUAACUUUGCCUUCAAGGAUAAGUUCAAGGCUCUCUUCGGUUUCAAGAAGUCCGAGGGUUACUGGCCUUGGUUCGCCGGUAACUUGGCUUCUGGUGGUCUUGCCGGUGCCACUUCUCUUCUCUUCGUCUACUCUCUUGAUUACGCCCGUACUCGUCUUGCCAACGAUGCCAAGGCUGCCAAGGGUGGCGGUGACCGUGAGUUCAACGGUUUGGUCGAUGUUUACAGAAAGACUCUCAAGUCUGACGGUAUUGCCGGUCUCUACCGUGGUUUCGGUCCCUCUGUUGUCGGUAUCAUUGUCUACCGUGGUCUUUACUUCGGUCUUUACGAUUCUCUUAAGCCUGUUGUUCUUGUCGGUUCUCUUGAGGGUAACUUCUUGGCCUCUUUCUUGCUUGGUUGGACCGUCACCACUGGUGCCUCUACUGCUUCUUAUCCUUUGGAUACCGUCCGUCGUCGUAUGAUGAUGACCUCUGGUCAAGCCGUUAAGUACAAGUCCUCUUUCGACGCUUUCACCAAGAUUGUCGCCGCUGAGGGUGUUACUUCUCUCUUCAAGGGAUGCGGUGCCAACAUUCUCCGUGGUGUUGCCGGUGCUGGUGUUAUCUCCAUGUACGAUCAAUUGCAAAUGAUCCUCUUCGGUAAGAAGUUCAAAUAA